CCAGCCGGGCGCCGGAGGAGGAGAAGCCAGCCCUGCGCGCUGCUCGGCCGGGGCUGUGCCCGGCGCGCAAGGGCGCACGUCACGCGUUUCUCCGGUGUGCCCCGGAACAGCCUGAGCAGCUCGCCCAGAGCCUGUGGGCCUGAAAGCGAGAGACCGCCCCUUUCCCCUCCUCCUGCUGCUGCUGCUGCUGCCCGGGCCUUUAGUUCGUGGGGAGAAGCUGGGCACGUGUGCGGCGAGGCUCGCUUGGCGCCGGACGGGGCUGCGCCGUGCGCCCCACUUCCCUUGGCUAGCCGGGAGAUCAAGAGAGGGGACGUUGAAGCUCCUACUGAAGCAACCUGUUCCGAAAAAGAGUUCAUACCACCAACUCUAUGCUUUAAAAAUGGAAGCGGUAGAAAUGGAUAAUGCAUCCCUUAAGCGCCCUCAUUCUGAGGACAAAGAGGCUAACGUGGAUGAAAUCAAAAGGCAAAAGGUCUUGGAAGAAGCAUUGAAAGAAAGAGAGAACACUGACCAAAAGACUGAAGCUGAGGCAGAGCUCAAACCCAUCAAACCACCAGUUGAGGAUGCAAAAAAAAUAGUUCUUAAUGAGGGAAGUGCAGGCCAAGAUGAGGAAGAAUUGGAAGAAAUUGAUGGAGAAGGAGAAGGAGACCCGGAGAGCUUUGCAGACAUGAUGAAGCACGGCCUGACAGAGCUCGAUGUUGGCAUAACUAAGUUUGUUAGUUCUCACAGGGGCUUUUCUGGAAUAUUGAAAGAGAGAUACUCAGAUUUCGUUGUUCAUGAAAUAGGAAAAGAUGGGCAAACCAUCCAUUUGGACGACUUCUCUGUGCCUUUAGAUAAAGAGGAUCCUUCUGAGGAGAUCUUCACAGUGUUGUCAGCUGAAGACAAGCAGCGGUUAGAAGACCUCCAGCUUUUUAAAAAUAAAGAAGGCAGUGUGGCCAUUGAGGUCAUUGAAGACACCAAGGAAAAAAGGACUGUUAUGCACCAGGCUGUAAAAUCUUUGUUUCCAGGGCUGGAGACUAAAACAGAGGAUCGGGAUGGGAAAAAAUACAUCGUCGCUUAUCAUGCAGCUGGAAAAAAGGCUCUUGCAAAUCCAAGAAAACAUUCUUGGCCCAAAUCUAGGGGAAGUUACUGCCACUUUGUCUUGUACAAAGAGAACAAGGACACCAUGGAUGCCAUCAACGUGCUGUCGAGAUUUUUAAGAGUUAAGCCAAACAUAUUUUCAUAUAUGGGGACGAAAGACAAAAGGGCUAUUACAGUUCAAGAGAUCGCUGUUCUCAGAAUCACUGCACAAAGGCUGGCUCACUUAAAUAAUUGCUUGAUGAAUUUCAAGCUUGGAAACUUCAGUUACAAGAACCACCCGCUAAAGCUGGGAGAAUUGCAAGGAAAUCAUUUCACAGUGGUUCUCAGAAAUAUAACCGGGACAGAUGAUCAAGUUCAGCAUGCCAUGCAGUCUCUCAGGGAAAUUGGGUUUGUUAACUACUAUGGGAUGCAAAGAUUUGGAACCACAGCUGUCCCUACAUAUCAAGUUGGAAGAGCUAUACUACAGAAUAACUGGAAUGAAGUCAUCGAUUUAAUCCUAAAACCACGUCCUGGAGCUGAAAAGGGAUACUUGGUAAAAUGCCGAGAAGAGUGGGCAAAAACGAAAGACCCAGAUGCGGCCCUCAAAAAACUGCCUGUGAAACGGUGUGUGGAAGGACAGCUGCUCCGGGGACUUUCAAAAUACGGACUGAAGAAUAUAGUCUCUGCAUUUGGCAUAAUCCCAAGAAAUAAUCGUUUGAUGUAUAUUCAUAGCUAUCAGAGUUAUGUAUGGAAUAAUAUGGUGAGCUGCAGAAUAGAAGAAUAUGGGCUUGUUGCUGUGCCAGGAGAUCUUGUACUAAAAGGAGGUACAGCUGUUUAUAUUGAAGAAUCAGAUGUUGACAGUUACACCAUCCAUGAUGUUGUGAUGCCGUUGCCUGGUUUUGAUGUUAUCUAUCCAAAGCACAAAAUUGGGAAAGCCUACGAGGAAAUAUUAGCCGCUGACAAUCUCGACAUCAGUAACAUGAAGCACAAAAUUCGAGACUAUUCCUUAUCUGGAGCCUACAGAAAGAUCAUCAUCCGACCUCAGGAUGUGAGCUGGGAGCUAGUUGUGUAUGAUGACCCUAAGAUUCCAUUAUUUAAUACGGACUUAGAUAAACUGGAAGGAAAACCACCUGCAGUUCUUGCAACAGAAGGCAAAUACAAGGCUUUGAAGAUGGACUUCUCUCUCCCCCCAUCAACUUAUGCUACAAUGGCCAUUCGAGAAGUGCUAAAAAUGGACACAAGCAUAAAAAACCAGACACAGUUAAACACAAUAUGGCUACGCUGAAGAUCCUUAGCAGUGAUUGGAUGAAAGUUUUAACAUGAAACUGGUUUCGUAUUUACUAGUUCUAUCCAGGCAAUUUCUAAUUAAAAUUGUAUUUUUGUAUUAGCUUGAGGUAUAUAAUUUCAAAUUCAUUGUAAAAUGGUGUUUAUAAAAAUGUAACUUUUGUUUUUAAAUAAUCUGAGCAAACACGGUGCUUGAGCCGUCUGCACAGUGCAAUUUUGCUGGCGUAGAAGAACAUGGAUGGCUUUGCUAGUAUUUUCAGGUCUGCAGAAAGCGUUUCUAAAAUGCUUUCUCCAAAUACAGUAGUAAACAUGGCUUCAUGAGUUUGGUACAGAUGAAAACUGAUUGCAGGCAUGCGUAACACUGCAGUUCAGGAAAUCUAAUUAGAAUAGGGUACUGAUGAAUGCAUAUUUAUAACCAGUGAACAGAUAUAUUUAGCCUUAAGAGUGCUGAUACGCUCUGCACUCACAACUAGCAGAAUGUUCAUGUCUUUUAUGCGUGCACAAAUGUGUACACCUGCUUUUAUUUGAGCUGUAGUUCAUUAAACUUUUGUGUAGGUUUUUCACAACCUAUUUCAGUUUCUGCUGUGGGUAAAGCAGUGAGCGAACUAUGUCAGAGUUUGUACCCUCAACAAACAAGGUUUAGCUCUAACAUUUAUGGUUUGUCUGUUGCUGGCAAUGGAUGAACUAGGAAAAUCUCUAUUCUGGCAUGACAGGAUUAAAUAGCCAUUCUUAACUGGACAGCUAUGAUGUUGUACUCUCAUUUUAUUUCUAACACUCAACAAAAAUAUGUUUUCUACUGCUUGGUUUAUUAAAGAGUGUACUGAAACCUC